AUGCUGGCAUUUGUCAAAGCUCUGAAGAAGCUCAAGCAACGGGUGUGCAAACUAGCGGAGGAGUGUGCAAAUUUUUCAACGGCAAUGAAGCAGAAAAGCACGAGCGGCGAUGGGGCUGGCAGUAUAGUCGCCGUGAGCAGGAGGAACGGCCGCGGCGCGAGCGCUCGCAAGAACGCGGGCGCUCUCUGGAAAGAUCGCCGCGGAGGCCGGCUUUCCGCGCUGAUUGGGUCCUCCAAGCGCCAGAUGGACGUGGAGGAGGUUCGGCCCGGGAUGAAACCGGUGGGGCGGGAUCCGCCAUGUCGAGAGGCGAUCCGUGGCAAACGGAUGCGCGCGACGGAUCUGGAGGCGAUCGUCGAUAUUGCCGUGACACGAGGGCACAUCCCUCGCCGGAAGAAGGGUACCACCGACGCGGAGAAAGCGACCGCGCGCGAGGUCUGCCAGGAGGGCAUCUUGGUCAACGAGGAGAUCUCGAGACGGACAGCGAAGGGGAGAAUUCCCCCGUGGGGAAAAUGCGGGAGGAAGGCCGCGGAGAAGGCGCGGACGAGGGCAGCGAGGAUCAGCGACGCCAAGUGGAGGACGCCAGUGGGAGUCACGGCUCCACCGCUGGAGCCGACGAGGCUAACGCCGCGCGGGCGGACAGCACGGCGGACCAGAGCGAGGCAAAGGCCGACGGGCCAGAGGGCGCACGAAAGGAGCAGCGAGAGGAACGCCGCAACUGUCAGGAGGGAGAUCCCUGGCCCGACCUGUGACAGCAGGACCGAGGAGAGCGGAACACGGAGUCACGCAUGUCCGGGCAGCGAGGACGACGCGGAGGAGGACGAGAUGAACGGUCGCGCACGCCGGAAAAGCGUCGGCAAUGCGGAGCAAGGCGAGGCGAGGGAUCACGCUCGCCCGAUCCACAGCAGCGACGCGAUGGGUGGCGCGGUGGCGGGGAGCGCUCGCCAGAUCCGCAUCCGCGACGCGAAGGGUGGCGAGGCGGCGGGGAGCGCUCGCCAGAUCCGCAUCCGCGACACGAAGGGUGGCGCGGUGGCGGGGAGCGCUCGCCAGAGCCGCAUCCGCGACGCGAAGGGUGGUGCGGCGGCGGGGAGCGCUCGCCAGAUCCGCAUCCGCGACGUGAAGGGUGGCGCGGCAGCGGGGAGCGCUCGCCCGAACUGCACCAGAGACGUGAAGGAUGGCGUGAUGUCAGGUCCCCCUCGCCAGAUCUGCGCAGGCAGCGGGAAGGAGCACGUGAUGAGGAAUGGCAGUCGCCGUACGGCCGUCGGCAGCGUGGAGGAAGAAGAGACGAGAGGUCACCAUCGCCAGAGAAGCAUCGGCGUGAGACGCGGCGGGAAGAACGGGGGAGGGCAGACCACUCGCUGGAUGGGCAAGGUCAACGCACAGAAGGGCGCGCGAGCUCAUGGGAUCUGCAUAAGGAGGCAAGAUGGGACCAGCGGGGAAGCAAGGUUGGGGGCGGGAGUUUGGCAUAUAGUGCGGAACGAGCCAAGGAGGCGAGGGAAGGAAUAG